AUGCACUUCCCCCAGCUUGCCGCUAUGACCGCCACCCUGUUCGGCCAGGCCCUGGCCCAUCCCCAAUCGCGGAACGAUAAUUUCGUCGCAGAGGUGCCGUCCACCCGGUCCUACUUCAUGAUCGCGGGAGGUUACGUUGACGAUGGAGCCGGCGGUCACAUUUUUUCGCCAUCAGAUCAAGGCUACGAGGUCUCCAUCGUCGACCAGACCUUCCGGGGCCGCUCCGCCUGCAUGUCGGGGAACGGCGCUGCCAAGGCGUCGACCUAUACUCCGCCGAGACCAUCUACCAGCGCUUUUACCGCCGCCGAGGACAACCAUCUUCUGGCCCCAGGCCGUCCGCCACACCCAGUGGCCCGGGACCGGCAAGAUGGGCGACUCGGUUUUGAACGCCUUGUACAGCUUCCAACCUCCAGUUCAUCAACAACGCCACCUAACCAUCAGGCAGCGGUCCAGGCAGCCGGCGCCGCGCUCCUCGGCAAGAUCGGCAGGCCCUGUCGUCCUCGUCGGCCACAGCCCCAGGGCGGCCUCAUGCCCCCUUCUCAUCACCGACGCGAGGCCCGAGCUUACCAAGGCCCUCGUCCUCGAGCCCAUGGCCCCUCCUCCCCCCUUUCGCGACGCCAUCUUCAGCACCAGGGCCGCCAGCUCGCCAACCGCGCUGACAAACCGACCCUCGUCGUCACGGCCGAGGCUUCGUACCACAUGCCCUACGAUUACUGCACCGUCGACUUCCUCCGCCGGGCUGGCUGCUCUGGGACGAGGCACGUCGAGCUCGCCGACGAGGGCAUCCGCGGCAACGGCUACAGGUUCUUCGUGGCGAAGAACAGUGAUGUCAUCCAACGCUUGCCCGAGAAGUGGAUCUCCGCGCAGUAA